AUGGAUAUGAGCAUUUACUUGACACAAUUUGAAGUACCCGAUAUGGACAUGCUUAUAGUUGGCAUUUUGAUCCUUUCUAUUGCUUCAUUCAACUCAUGCAUGGUUGUAAAUGGCAAGAAGCAUACCCUUGACGUGAUUCAAUAUGGUGCCAAAGGCGAUGGCAAAUCCGAUGAUACACAAGCUUUUAUGCAUGCAUUCAAAGCUUUAUGUAGUGGUAAUCAUGGGAAUACACUAGUGGUGCCAAAAAAGUAUUCAUUUUUUGUGCGUCCAACUCUAAAUUUCACUGGACCUUGUCAUUCUAAGCAUAUUAAUAUCAAGGUUAUGGGAACCAUAUUAGGACCUAAGAGAAAUGAUUGGGGAAAAGAAUGUUCAAUAAUGUUGAUUCAUUUCUUCAACAUAUCUCGAUUGACUCUUGAAGGAUCAGGAGUCAUCAAUGGUAAUGGUGAAGGCUGGUGGGACAGGGUGAAAGGAGCUGGAGAUUGCUCUAGAAUACCAACGGCUUUACAAUUCGAUAAAUGUAAUGGGCUUAAAAUAACUGGGCUCACUCAUAUCAAUGGGCCAGGCCCACAUAUUGCUGUGACCGAUAGCAAUGAUGUAACUAUCUCAAAUAUCCACAUUAAUACACCAAAAGAAAGUCACAACACAGAUGGAAUUGAUUUAACAAGAACAAAUAGAGUUAAUAUUCAUGACAGUCCAAUAUCAUGUGGUGAUGACUGUAUUGCUAUCAAAGGUGGAUCAAACUUUACAAACAUCAGCCAAAUUACAUGUGGGCCUGGUGUCCACGGAAUUAGUGUAGGGAGUCUUGGAGGGCAUGGUGCUGAAGAAUAUGUAGAAAACUUGAUUGUCAAGAAUUGCACAUUCAAUGGAGCUGCCAGUGCUGUUAAAAUCAAGACAUGGCCGGGUGGAAAAGGACACGUCAAAAAUAUCAUCUUCAAGGACAUCAUAAUAAAUCAAACAAAUUUCCCUGUUUAUAUUGACCAACAUUAUAUGAGGACCCCAGAACAGGAUCAAGCAAUAAAAAUAAGUAAAGUAACAUUUAGUAACAUCUAUGGAACAUGUAUUGGUGAUGAUGCUAUUGUAUUGGAUUGUGCCAAGAUAGGGUGUGACAAUAUUAACCUUAAUCAAAUCAAUAUUACUUCAAUUAAUCCAAAGAAGCCAGCUUCUGUAAAAUGCAAUUAUGCUCAUGGAAAAGCCACUAAUAUCAUUUCACCUCGUGGUAAUUGUGUCACUAAAAAACAAAAUUAA